AUGCCUUCACUGUCAGGGAUAAGAUGGAUUGUUUUGGGUCUGCUUCUCUGGAGGAAACAGGCAGCGCGGGCUAAGGAGCCGCGAUGCUCUUUGGCUCGAGUUGGAGCGCGCCACCCGGUUGAGGCUCUGCUGGAGAGGUUUGAAGCCGGUCCAGGCUGCGCGGCCAGAGAGCGUGGAGAUAAGGAGACUCACGUCAUCGCAGUGGGGAGAGGAACAAAUGGACCUGACAACACGGUCACAGUCCUGCUGAAGCCCUUGUCUCUGACCCAAACGGAUCUAAGAACAGUUCACUUGCUACUCAGCUCUAAACGACCAAUCAGCUGGCAGCUAGAAAUUGAGAAACUUCCCCUUGACCUCUCUGUGCUCGUAACGGUGUCCUCAAACUCUAGCGUACAGUCCCACACUCUCCAGCUGCACGUCCAGCCGUUGCAUUGGCUCCCUUUCCGCCCACGUGCGCUGUACCGCUGGGCUCUGAAACACCAUGGCCACAUGUCGUCUCUGACACACGUCACUCAUGGAAACCGAGUCUAUGUCCGACUGGGAGAGGAUGUGACUCAGCCUCCUGUAUGCCAGCUUCAGUCCAUGUUUCUCUCCAAAAACUACAUGAACUCUAACCUGCAGCCACAAGAAAUCCAAGGCUGUGGUAAUUCCACAGCAGGUGGAAUCAACCAAGAGGUCCAUGUGCUAAAACUCCAUUCAGCAGGCUCGGGACUCUGUGGCUCUCUGCAGGUGGAGGUGAUCGUCUCCCUCGUGCCUCCGUCAAACAAGUCUUUGAGACAAAAGGUUGUGCUGAUUCUCAGCAGCUCGGUGCCAGUCAACUGGGCCAUUGUUGCUCACGGAGUCCACGGUCAUAUCGAUAUUCACUCCUCCAACAGUGUGUCCCCCCCCCACCCUCCUGAGGACCACCUCACUCUGUCCACCACACUCGUCCCCCAUCUGUCCUCCAUAACGGACCUUCUGGUGUGGGCCAACGCCAGCGGCUACGACAACGUGACCUCAUACACCGAGGCCGACCAGGCCAAUCGCUUUGUGGUCCAGCUGUCUGGAACAGGACCAGCUGUGAGAGCGGUUGCUAAGCGACCUAAAUGGGCGGAGGAACGUCGCCUCAGAGAAUGGCUCCAUGGGGGCCCCGGAUCAGGAGGACGCCCCGAGAGUUUGACAGUGCAGUGCGAGGACGGACGCCUGAGCGUGACCCUGGACCGUCACGCCCUGCAGAGUUUGUCCGUGCCAGUUUCUGCCGUGACUCUGCGCGACCCAAGGUGCCAGGCUCAGUCCAACGGGAGUCACUUCCUGUUGGUGUUCCCGGUCAUUUCCUGUGGGACCGAGGGACAGUUCCUGGGGCGCACCAAAGGGGUGCAGUACAAAAACAUGGUGUUGCUAUGGAGAGAGCUGCCACACAACGUUUCUACACACAAUGACACUGAUUGGACGUCCAAAAGUUCACUUGGCAAACAUGCGCCCUGGGGUCUGGUGCCGGAUCCUGGACCGAUCCCCUUCCAAAAACGCAUACUCAAAUCUGGACCUUUGCUUCUGUUGAAACUGUUUGUCACUGAGAGCUACAAGCAGCGGCGUAUCGGACCGUGUGUCAUCCCUGCAGACCAGCGGGUCUACGUCCAGAUUUCUGCCAUGGGUUCCUUCAUCCAGGUCGCCGAGGUGACCUCCUGUGUGGUCUCUCCUCUCUCCGACCCUAAAAGUUCUCCUUUCUGGGACGUCAUAAGGCACGGUUGUCCCGCAGAACCUUCGCUCACGCUUGUCAAUCCAAGCGAGGAGGAGGAGACCAAAGACGAAGAAGACGAGGAGAUGGAAGAUGAAAAGGAGGUGAAAGACAAAGAUGCCUCCCCUCGCUCCAAAACUGGAGGAAGAGGAAGAGAAGGGUCUUUGAGGGAGGGAACCAGCAGCACGCCCAUACGGCCGUUAAGAUUUAGUUUCCUCUUACGGCCAGUUUACAAUGUCUCCAUGCAGUUUUUGCACUGCAGCCUUCGCCUCUGUGUCUCUGACACCACAUCGGAGGAACCCAGCAAGAAAACGACCAAGAAAGAGUGUGAGGACGGCGAGCGGAUUCCUCCUCUCAUUUCAAGGACGUCUGCACACCAGUGUGAGACCAGAAACCUGACCAGACCCAUGGUGGUCACCCAACCCAUGAGCUCCCGGGCACACAAAGCGGUGAAGGCCGCCACAGGCCAAAGGACAAAGAGACUGUCCCCCCUGACAAGUCCAGAGCCACCCCAGCAACCAAGUGUGUUGGUGCACACAGGACCCGUGAUGGGAAUCGCCUUUGCAGCCUUUGCGAUGGGUGUCAGCUUGAUGGGGGGGCUGUGGUGCAUCUACAGUUCUACUGGCACGCGGCAGAUAUGGCUUGAGGGCGAUGGAUAUUUAACAGACCAAACUCCAGGAAGUAUCACCAGUCCAGCGUCACCGUCGCAUCAGCUCACCAGUUCGGUGUAAAGGUUCCCUCCGUUAGAUGGAAGCAAGACCACUGGAAGUAACACCUCGUUGGGGGUGUUGAGAACUGGAGAAGACCUUUAUACUGACUUCAAAGUGGGGACAAGAACACCUUUCCUGUGCAUUCUAAAUACAGAAAAACUGCUAGUACGAGGCAGCUAACAGUGCUGAUUAUUGUUAAUUACCGUUAAUUCCGGCCUACUUUUUUCCUUCGCCUUGAGCCCUGCGGCUUAUUUUGUUUCAUUUUUUUUUUUACUUUUUUGGACAAACUAGAUACACUGCCUUAUAAGUGUUACAGCAACAAUAUGCUAAUUUUCAACACCAGGAUGCUCAUAGGAUACAGAAUAUUGUGAAAAUGUUACAACAUAUACAAUGAAUCAAAUAU